AAACGUUUGGAUUUGUAGAUGUUUAUGAUUAUUAUGACAGAGAGGGACGCGCGUCAGGUGUAUGCGUGCUCUCGGCAUCUCUGCACACGUGCUUCACUCACAGCAUCACAGACAGACAACUGAUGCACAUCUCCUCAUCACUGCAAUUAAAGCGUUUAGCCUGCUUCAGAUGAUGAUGAUGAUGAGGAGGAGGAGGAAGAACUGACGCGCAGCUCUGCACGAGAGACAUCAGGAGCCCUGCUGGAGAGGUUUGGUGGCAUGGCAGAUUAAUGGCUUUGGAGCAGUCAACUCCACUGAAACGAAUCCCCACCAUGGGGGACAGGCUGGGCCGCACAACCCCUCUGUUAUCCCGUGGACGUACGUUUGGAUGGUCCACCUCCAGCAACAGCCUCAAACUAAAGAGCUGCGGCCACAAGGGCUACGACUUCCAGCACAGCCUGGAGGAGGCAGCAGCGCCCAGCGCUUCCCUCACCGCGGCACACUCUCCUGUUUCACUGGAACUGGAGCCCGUGAUGAAUAAUGGAUCAAGCGUGCCCGUCGCUCCAGAUGGCCACACAAAGGAGCCACCGGCGCACAGCAAGCGCUGCCAGCCCCUCUCCAUCUCCACCGUCCUGCUUCCUGCCGCCGCCCGCUUCACGCACAGCCCUUACCACGCCAAGACUAGCAUGCAGGGCGAUGUGUACAACUUCCUAGAGAGACCCGCCGGCCUGAGGUGCUUCCUGUAUCACUUCCUCGUGUUCCUCAUGGUCCUAGUGUGCCUGAUAUUCAGCGUCCUGUCCACCAUUGAGCAGCAUGCAGACUUUGCAACAGGCUGUCUCUUCUGGAUGGAGAUCGUGCUGGUGGUGUUUUUCGGGACAGAGUACGUGGUCCGGCUGUGGUCGGCCGGCUGUCGGAGCAAAUAUGUGGGCCUUAAAGGCCGUCUGCGGUUCAUCAGGAAACCCAUCUCCAUUAUAGAUCUGAUAGUGGUCGUCGCCUCUGUCGUGGUUCUGAGCGUCGGGUCCAAUGGGCAAGUGUUCGCCACGUCCGCAAUCAGAGGGAUCCGUUUCCUCCAGAUCUUGCGGAUGCUGCAUGUGGAUCGUCAGGGUGGAACGUGGAGGCUUCUGGGAUCCGUGGUUUUUAUUCAUCGGCAGGAGCUGAUCACCACGCUGUACAUUGGGUUCCUGGGUCUGAUCUUCUCGUCGUAUUUUGUGUAUCUGGCGGAGAAGGACGCAGUAGACGAGGAGGGGAAGACAGAUUUUUCUAGCUAUGCUGAUGCUCUGUGGUGGGGUGUGGUUACGGUGACUACGAUAGGCUACGGAGACAAAAUCCCUCAGACGUGGAUUGGGAAGGCCAUCGCCUCCUGCUUUAGUGUGUUUGCGAUUUCCUUCUUCGCUCUGCCUGCGGGCAUUCUGGGAUCUGGUUUUGCUCUUAAAGUCCAGCAGAAACAGAGACAGAAGCAUUUUAACCGGCAGAUUCCAGCCGCAGCCUCUCUAAUACAGACACUGUGGAGGUGCUACGCUUGCGAGAAGUCUGACAGCUGUACGGCUACAUGGAAGAUGUACGUGCUGACGGGCGACUACAUCCCCAUCAUAAACUCAGAAAACUCCAGCCCGGGCAACUUCAGACGGCUGAGUAAGCGGUACAAGCGGAAGCCGAAGGUCACGCGUGAUAACGGUUCUCUGGGUCCCGGAGGAGAACGCACCCUCUCCAUCCCACAAAUCACCUACGACCACAUCGAUGAUAAAGACGGAGUCUUUACAGAGGAGUCCAGAGACCGCCAGCGCUCAUGGUCGGCUUUCGCUCUCAGCUGUCCUUCUUCUCCAGUUAAGAAAAAACUGGAUGGCCCUGAUAUCUCACGAAACAACAGCCUGAUGGAUGAGCUGGACUUCACGGCUGACAUCCCUCUACCUUUAGUUACAGAUGCUUCACAUCUUUUAAGAAGCCCGUUUGUGGCUAAGGAGGAAGAAUCAGUCUCUACUCAGCACCUUAAUACAACCAGGUACUUUUUCCUGUCUGUUUCCCGUCUGUUUCCUGUCUCUUUCCUGUCCCGUAAGUUUGAUUAUAUGUGGUCAGCCUGGAUG